UCUCCUGUCGUCGCUACCGAGGAGGACGCAACAAAGGGAAGGAGUCAAUUCGAGCUCGGCAAUGGUGGGCAUCCCGGGAGCCUCCCAGUUGCUGUUUUGACAAAUGGGAAGAAAAAUCAGUGAAUAUUAUUGGGCUUUAAUGCAAAUGGCAUCUUAUUUGUAUUGUGUUCUUCCAUUGAGAAACUUCAAAACAACCCUGUGAGGUGCCCAGUUUUGUUUCUUCAAUGUUGAGAAGUUCAAUUCAGUGAAGCAAGGCAGACACUGAGGAAUUUAUUCAUUAACAAAAAAUGACAACAUGUUUUUGCUGAUGGAGAAGUAGCCUAAAGGCUGGUGCCAACACUAAUGUACAAAGAGACUCAAAACACCCAGUAAUCAAAGUAGUUGCCAAAUGAAGUUGCAAGUGAGAAGAGGGUGCCAGUAAUGCCAGGAUCCCCUGUAGAAGUCAAGAUACAGUCAAGGUCUUCGCCAUCCAGCAUGCCGCCACUGCCACCUGCCAACCCUAGCGGCCCCCGUCCUGUCUCAUUUACCCCAGCAGCAUUACCCAAUGGGAUGAACCAUUCUCCACCUUCGCUGAAUGGAGCACCAUCACCUCCUCAGAGGUUCAGCAAUGGGCCUGCCUCAUCGUCUUCAUCUUCACUGACGAAUCAGCAGCUUCCAGCUACCUGUGGAGCACGUCAGCUCAGCAAACUGAAACGCUUCCUUACCACCCUCCAGCAGUUUGGCAAUGACAUUUCACCAGAGAUUGGAGAGAAGGUCCGGACCCUUGUUUUGGCAUUAGUGAAUUCUACGGUGACAAUAGAGGAAUUUCACUGCAAGCUGCAGGAGGCUACUAAUUUUCCUCUUCGUCCAUUUGUGAUUCCAUUCUUGAAGGCCAACCUUCCACUUCUGCAGAGGGAGCUGCUGCAUUGUGCUCGGGCAGCCAAGCAAACCCCUUCUCAGUACCUGGCCCAGCACGAGCACAUCCUGCUGAAUACGAACACUGCAUCCCCAACUGAUUCUUCAGAGCUGCUGAUGGAAGUGAACGGAAAUGGAAAGAGGCAUAGUCCAGACAGGAGGGAAGAAAACAACUUUGAGAGAGACCCAGUCCCAUCAGAGCCUCCUGCCAAGAGGGUGUGCACCAUUAGUCCAGCACCUCGCCACAGUCCAGCUCUGAUGUUGCCUGUCAUAAAUCCAGCUGGGCAGUUUCAUCCUACUCCACCCCCACUCCAGCACUACACUCUGGAAGACAUUGCAACAUCCCAUUUGUACAGAGACCCGAGCAAGUCAUUGGAGCAUAGAGAAUUGCGAGAUAGACAUGGUAUAGGGUUAAAUGGAGGCUAUCAGGAUGAGCUCGUGGACCAUCGUUUAACAGAGAGAGAAUGGGCUGACGAAUGGAAGCAUCUUGAUCAUGCAUUGAAUUGCAUUAUGGAAAUGGUAGAGAAGACUAGGCGCUCCAUGGCUGUUCUCCGCCGUUGUCAAGAGGCUGAUAGGGAAGAGCUCAAUUACUGGAAGAGGCGAUGUAGUGAAACCACAGAACCACGGAAAGGAGGGAGUGACUUAAUCACAAGGCAACAUAGCCCGGGGAGUUCAGACUCUGUUAACAGCGAUUCUCAGCGGGAGUUCAGUAGCAGGUCAGGAGCAGCCGGCUAUGUCACCGAAGAGAUAUGGAAAAAGGCUGAAGAAGCUGUGAAUGAAGUGAAACGCCAGGCCAUGUCCGAGGUCCAAAAAGCUGUAGCGGAGGCUGAGCAGAAGGCAUUUGAAAUGAUCGCAUCUGAGAGGGCCCGAAUGGAACAGACCAUUGCAGAUGCAAAGCGCCAGGCUACUGAAGAUGCUUUCCUAGUGAUUAAUGAGCAGGAGGAGUCUACAGAGAGCUGCUGGAACUGUGGACGCAAAGCCAGUGAGACUUGCAGUGGUUGCAACAUUGCUCGCUAUUGUGGUUCCUUCUGCCAGCACAAAGAUUGGGAGAGACAUCACCGAAUCUGUGGCCAGGGCUUACACAGCCAAAUCAAACCAGUCCCUUUACCAGCAGGACGAUCUGCGGCAGCUGCUCUCAAAACAGUUGAUGGGGUAGCAAGUCCAGCUCUAGAGAAAACAUCUGCUACCACUUCUCGAUCCUCUACUCCAGCCUCUGUGACAGCAAUAGACACUAACGCGCUCUAAAAGUAAAGAUUCCAUUCAGCACAUUUAAUUCGUUUUCUACAUUGAAAAACAUGCCUCAAAUUGUUGUCGAAGGUUUGUACUCCAGCACAUUGGCAUGCAGGCUAAUGUUUUAUGGGGCAUUUCCCAUAUCAUUAAAGUGUGAUUUUUAGGAA